UCUAUUUGUCGUUUUAAAAUAAAUCAGUUCAAUGUUUAUACACGUGCAUAUGUCUGCCUUUAUUCUUGUCAACUGGUGCACGUUUUCUCCUAUUUUCGCUUAUUCUUUUCGUAACUAAUAGAGACCUGUGAAAAUGAACUAUUUGGACAGCAAAGAAACCGAAUUAGAAUUUGUGUCAAUCUGCUCUAGGCCAACAUAUGUUCCUCCAUAUAACAACUUGAACGUACUGGCUCAAAUUGACAGGCGAAAGGUUGUAAUAGACGAAGUCUAUCGCAUUGUUGCGACCAUUCAAAUGAAUUUAAGAUGGGCGCAUGGAUUAUAUAGGAACUUUGAUUUGUCUUCAGACCCCCUUCUGUCGGGCCUUAUCGAAUUGCCGCAAAAGCUAGAGGUUACGCCUUAUUUAUCUUCUCCACAACUUUUGCCAAACAGCUUUUUACCUCCUUUCCUUGCCCUACUUGACCCAAAGAAUGCUAAUGGCCUCCUUAUCUAUGCCUCGCUUUGCUCUCUAUACAAAUUUCUUCAGUAUGAUUUUUUUAUAUUCGAAAAUCAUCUCGAAUCAACUAAUUCUCUUCAAAAAAUUUUGUUAUCAGUUUUGAAUUGCAACCCUAAGGCAGCUGACCCAGAAAUAGAAGAAUUGAUCUCAUUGAAGAUUCUUAGUAUUUUUACAAAGUGUAUUCAACAUGAUGCUGCUCUGCUUUUUCCCAAUAGCAUACCUUGCGAUAUGGCCAAGUUAUGCCUUAAAAUCAGUAUUCAGAAUCCUACGCCUCAUCUAUUACACAAGUUGGCAGAAGAAACCUUGAAGGAACUUAUCAAGUUUGUGCUUUUAACGUUUGACUCGCCCAGGAAACUGUAUUUAAUGAAGCUAUAUUCAUCCUCUAUCAUCAAAGACAAAGACAAAAAAGGCGUCCCAUUAAAUAAAGAGGCAGAGAAAAAUGAUCAAGUUACUCAAAAAACAAGCAACUUAAAAAACGAAGAAGAUAGUAAUUUUCGGAAAGACGAAGUCGAUUAUCUAAGUACUGCAACGCGUCAAUCACUAUCUUUCAAUAUAGAUGUAAACUCCGCCGUUCCAAGAUUCGAUGGCGAUCCGUCUGCUACUUCAGACAACAUAGCUAUUACGAGUCCUUCUUCACCAAUCUUUUCUAAAUCCCCAUCCACUCUGGGUGACUCUACUGAUAAAUAUCUUUCUGAUUCCAAAGAUACUCAAUCCACUCGAGCUGAAUGUGCUAAUGACAUUUCAAAUUUAAGCAUUCAACCUUCACAACCUCUGGACCCUAACCUUGAAAUACAGCCCGAUGUCACAUGCGCUAUUGAAUUAGUGAAAUUUUCAUAUUCCCUGAUUAAGCCAAGCAAUUUCACGUAUUCAAACGUCAUGUAUCAUAUCGGACUUAGCCUGAUCAAGUUAAUUUUGGAAAUUCGUAUUAGUAUUUUUUAUUUUCAUCCUAAGCUAACAGAACUCAUUGAAAACGAAUUGAAUCGGUAUCUCAUUCAAGUGCUCAAACACCCUGACAUUUCUCUAUCGAAUUAUGUCCUUACCUUGCAUGUUAGCGGGCAUUUAUUUGGAGAAUUUCGUCGUCUCUUUUGCUUUCAACACGAGCUUUUUUUAAUGACUUUACUAAAUACGUUCUCAGACCAUUUUUCUUCUACUAAUUAUGGCCAGACUCAUCCAGAACGUCUAGAACUUAUAUUGGAGGUAAUUGUGAAAUUGUGCAAACAGCCACAUUAUUUGACGGACCUCUUCAUACUCUACGACUGUAAACUCUAUGGAAACGAUCUCCUAUCAAAGCUUAUCUCGUUUUUUUUCCAGUUGUCUGUUUUUCCUUCUACUGAUACACCCGGCCUCAUUCACUACCGUAGAGUACUGUCCGAUCUGGCAUUUGAGGGAUUAUUGAGCAUUUUGAAUCUUUUAGGCUCCCGUGCCCAAAUGGUUAAAGUGUCUACGCAUUUGUGUGAUUAUUCCAUAUUUUUGCCUUGCAUGGCUGUCCAUCGCCAACUUAAAAAGCAUCUCAUUAUUGGAACUCAACUCUUCAACAAAAAGCCUGACACUGGUUUGGCAUACCUGCAAAAGCACCACGUUCUGCCCACUCCUCUUACUCCUAAGUUUGUGGCCCAAUUUGUUAGGGAAAAUAUCUGUUUGGAUAAGAAGCAAAUAGGCCUGUAUUUUAGUCUUCGUGAUUCAUUUCAUGUCCAGGUCCUGCGUGAGUAUUGUCAACUUUUUGACAUUACUGGCCAGUCUUUUAUCGAUUGCUUUCGUGAAUUUUUAGAGAGUUUUCUUUUACCUGGAGAAGCUCCCAUUAUAGAAAAUAUCAUUGACGUUUGGUCGAUUCAGUAUCUCAAGAAAGAACCACAUCCGUUCAAGUCGCAGGACGCCUGCUUUUUACUUUGCAUGUCCGUCAUCAUGUUGAAUGUCGAUAUGUACAAUCCGCUUAUGAAAAAUUACCGUCAUAUAUCGGUCGAGCAAUAUGUUAAUAAUUUGAAGGGGCAGAAUGGUCCCGAAGGCGAUGACUUUCCAUUGGAACUACUUCAUUCGAUCUACAAAUCGAUUCGCGAAGCAGAAAUCAAUUUGUCUAACAUGCUAGUUGACGUGGAUUUGGACAAUCACCCUCGCACAUGGAAGGCGUUAUCUAAGGCGCAACGACACCAACAACGUUUUUUUUCAGAAUGGCAGGCUGCGCAGUUGGAGGCUGCAUCGUGCGGUGUCUACGAUAUUAUUUUAUUUGAUUAUUUGUGGCGCCCUUUCAUUGCAGCAUUUAGAUCUGUUUUCAACCUCCAAUCUGAUCAGGAAAGACUCGAUCGAUUUGCCCGAGCUUGCUAUACCUAUGGGUGUCUCGCUGUACAUAAUCGCCACACGGACGCGUUCAACUAUUUGAUUGAAUCUUUAGUUUUUUUGACAAGAAUACUGGAUUUUGAUAUACAUAAUGGUCGAAGAUAUAUGAACUGCUUUUUGCGCGAUCGACGAAUGCAAAUGGCUACAUUCGUUUUGUUUGGUUUGGGGUGUCAAUACAUAGAUGAACUCCGAAGGGCUUGGAAGCCCCUUAUCGCCUGUUUACUAAGGCUGCAUGUCUGGCGCAUCUCGCCGAUUAUAUUCGAUUUUGAGCAGGAGGGCUACUUCAAGAUAGGUAAAAUGCCUUACAAGUCGAACGUGUCUACAGAAUUGGGAAACAGGGUCCGCGGACUACCCAUUUUUUCCAUUGUGUCGAAUUUGUGGAACUGGGGAGGGACGAGCAGUGGCGAGAAAGUGGGCAAAUGGAGUCGUGAGCAAGGAAAUCUUCAAAUGCAAUGCAGGGAAAUUCUUGCGUCGUGUCGAUUACUUGACAUUAUAAGUUCUUGCGCAACCGUGAAAUUGGAAUCCUUAGAUUCCCUGCUAAGGGUCUCGAUGGAGGGAACGUUACACGGAUUGAAUAAAGAGAAGAAGGUUGCUGGUGCGGAUGAUAAACGGUCCAGUAUCGAGAAGGCGGAUUCUGAAAGAACGGAAGAGAUUAAAGCGAAUGUCGAAUCUCUAGAAAAGGGACAGAAUGCCAGAAAUCAGAAGGACACUGAAAAAGAGGCUUUAGAUCGAAGUUCGGGGCAGAGAGAAGCAAGCAAAACUGGAUCUUUGUCGGAUAAAUCACCGGUGUACAGAUUGGAUGCGGACGCAGACUCGACCAUGACGGACAAUGAGAGAAAAGAAGAGGCAGCUCAUAAUAGCGACCAAGCGAUGGACAACAAGGUUGAGGGACAAGUGAUCGAGCAAGAGAGCGGAGUAUUUGAAGCCAUCGAUAUGAAUUCCAACGAGUGUGAGAACGAGUCUUCCUUCCAUAUUGAUUCGAAGAAUCAAUCCCUCAAUGAUUCUUCUGGUGAAAAUCCCAAAGGCACUUUUUUCUUCAAUUUUCCUCAUAAACUGUAUUCUUCAUUUUUUUUCAAGUUUGGCUUAUACCCUCAAUCAUCUUCUGUUUCAUCACCUGACAGUCUCUCUGCUUUAAAGCUGAUUUCUGAUUCGUCAGCUCUUUCCGAUUCUUACUCUUACCCUAGUAAAUCUUCAAACUCCUUUUUGGCGGCUUCGCCUAUCCUUGCUUCCAAAACUUCGAUAAAGAGAUACGACGAGACGUCACAAUCUAGCGCCUUUUUUUACCUCGACCUUUUAACACAUUUGACGCUGUUAAACGCCCAUCGAUUUGAACAAAUUUGGCCUAAAAUUUCCAGCCACGUUUCGACGCUUCUGACUUACGCCCAUCCAAAUCCUAUCCUGGAAUAUGCCAUUUUCCACUUUUUGUUUAUUUUCGACAAAAUAUUUCCAGUGCUUGUCCACAAGCGUCAUUUGGUCUCCGCGGGCAACGCCCAAAUCCCUCCUCACCAGUCCACGGCUACUGUUCUAACUCAGUUUAUCCAGACUCACUUCAGCCCCCAGCUGGAAUGGACGCACUUUUAUGCACCGAAGCUCAGUUGUGCAGCCAAGGCCAUUUUCUCCCGACAUGUGCCUAUUUUGAAAUCCGAAAGGGCAGGGCCCGAAGAGUGGGAGUCGCUGCUGAAGACCGUAUUCACGCUUACAAUGUACACUCCGGAGAUGAUCGAAGAGUUCGUGGACUUGGUGAACGAAUUGCUGAUCAGUUCGGAAGACGUGGGGGCAGAGGAACCACAGUAUGAGACGGACAGCGGAGGUAAGAAAGAAGGACACGAAGAAAAAACACAUAAUACAAAAGAGACGGCAAAAACCACCCUUCAUACUACAGAAAAUGAGGGCACAGAAAAUACAACACCAACUAAAGGUCAAUCACCAAAAGAAGACAAGGACGCAAAUACUGGUAACACUACAAACGAUGCAUGCCAAUUCCCCUGUCCUUUAGCUUCUCCACCUCCCCUAUCUCUCGCUUCAUACUCUUCUCGUACUCUUCUCUGUCCGGAAAAUAUACCCAGCUUAUUUCACAUACUGGUAUCCAUCACAUCUUAUUUUCCAACCACCCUCGAUUUAAGUCUCAAAGCCAUUGAUACUCUUCAAGCCUUUAUUCAAAAACUUCCCGAUGUUUUACUGAAUACCUCCUCCGCGCCUGACGACUGCCAACAGGAACAGGUCGAAAAAUAUUUGUUUGAAUUCUUUAAGGUUAUGAUUCACAUAAUUGCUCAAGACACGCGAACUAUCGUCCGCCAGCACACGCUGGCUCAGUUGCAAAAAUAUCUACUCAGUUCCAAUGUAGAUUUUCUAACAACUCCCAAGCUCCUGACUCUGUUCGACGUAGUCAUUUUUCCCCUCAUCGAAAUCAUCAUCGAAUAUCCAAAUAAAAAAGAAAAACAUCCAUGUCCUCCUGUCAACUUUGAAGAAACUGAAGAAACUCACCUACGAGUCUUUUCAAUUUUGUGCAAGACCUUCUUGAAGAGCAUCAAUAAGUUCCAAUCUAGGGACUUACUAAAUCUCUGGCUUCGAAUGCUUCAUUACUUUGAACAAUGCGUCAAGCAGGGCCGGAACGAAGUCCUAGAAGAAGCUACCCUCGAGUCGAUCAAAAACAUUCUCUUCGUUCUCUCUUGCUCUGGUAUUCUCGUUCCGCCCUCCUCUCACAUCGAUUCUCAAGAUACGGCCCAUUUCCAGCUAAACAACGAGCUCUGGGAGAAAACAUGGCAAUUGAUGAAUCAGUUUGCUCCUUCCCUGAAAGCAUCCUACGAAUCCGAAUUUUGCGAAAAACACGCCGUUGUCAAUGCUUGAAGGCGUAUAGAACUGUAUCGAGGGACAAACUAUACCAUUCCAACUGCCAAACACAGAACGUAUGCGUACAUUUUUUUUUUGUUAAAUAAUACUCUAGGUAAGCAGUCAACCUGGAAUACGUGGCUCCGUCUGCCUCGCAGCCUCCACGCUUCAACAAACUAUCCACCUGUCAAAACAGCAUCAGCCGCAUUUUCAUUGAAAAACCUACCUUCUCGAGAGAAAAACAUGCAUAACUCCAAAUAAAAGGCUAUUAAGCGCUUUUAUGUUAUAUCGUAUUUUUUGAGUAACACAAUAGGGGCUAUGCACUAUAUAAUAAUAUACCUUGCGUAAGAAUACACGCAUGUAUAUCAACCUCCAUCGGUCAAGGAGAAGAAACGGUCAAUUCAUCAUGUUAAUUCUUAAUCUUUUUAUUUAUGUCCAUAAUACAACUACGCCCCUAUACGCCGC